AUGGACUUUUCUAGUCUCAUUUCUAAGGAGAUUGAUAAUAAAAGGAGGAAGAUUGAUGAUAAGAGGAAGCUAGAAAAGAAGUCAGGGGAUCGUCAGGUUGAUUCAGAUACGUUGCAUCUUAAGAGAACUGGAGAUGAGUGCAAUGAUGCAAAAGUGACUGCGGACACCGAUGGUGCGCCAAAUGAAUUGAAGUAUGAUCGUCCGGAGGUAGAUAAUGAUACACAUGGAAAGCAAGACACAAUAGCGACAGGUAUAGAAGACGACGAAUCCAAAUUGCUUGAGUCAACCAGCGAUGAUCAGCUUGAUAAAAUGCUUCUAGCUAUGGGAGAAGAAAACUUAUCUGGAUCAAAGAUAGAGAAAUUUAUGAGAUUGGAUCUGAUACGAAAGUUACAUCAAAAAAAGGAAAGGUAUAGAAUUCAACUAGAGAAAGAGGAUCUGGUGGAUAAAAGUAUUUCAACAUCUGAUAUAGGCAACGAUAUACAUGACCAUAAGUUGUAUUUGCAAAUACGAUCUUAUCUCAAGUAUCUCAUUCUGGAAUGGGAUUCAAGUGUCCAUGAUGAUAAAGAAAGUGAUCUUCUAUUAGAAGUAAAGAAGGACUUAGUGACUCUAUUGUACAAGUUACGUUCGCAUAAGCUUUCUAAAGAAUUACUAAUAUCGUUGAGCACCAUUGUUUAUUAUCUUCAAAUGCAUGACUAUAACAAAGCCAAUGAGAGUUAUCUUAAGCUAAGUAUCGGUAACGCUGCUUGGCCCAUUGGUGUCCAAAAUGUGGGUAUACAUUCUAGAAGUGCUUCUCUGAGAACCAAAGGCGUUGAUAAACCCUCGAAUAUAAUGAUUGAUGAUAAAACAAGGAGAUGGAUCACGGCAAUAAAACGGUUGAUUUCAUUUUGUGAAAGGAAAUGGCCAAGUUAG